GAACUUUUAAAAGCAAACAAAUACAAAAUUCUUGCGACAUAUUAAAACAAUAAGACCUCAUGGUCAAAAUACGUUAUCAGUUAUUAUUCUCUACUUAAUCAGCAAUUCUUAAAAAGAACUUUGCAUAAAUAUGAUCCCCCCGUGAUAAUUAUAUGUUAUCAGCAGAACUAUUACAAAAUAUCUAACCAAAUUGCAGUUAAUUGCAUGAAAUAAAAACAUUAUCAAAACUGACGAUAUUAAUUUAUUGUAAGCAACAAAACGCAUUAAAUUAAGAUUAAUCCGAUUACAAAAUCAAGCGAAAAUAUUUUGAAUUCUGUUACGUCAAUAAAACGUUUAAACGUAUGUUAUCGUUAAGUAAUAACGUGCCAUUACUUGAUACACUCCCGCGGAUAUAAAAACCGGAUUAAACGGAAAUUAUUGGUUUAGUACAACGUCGAAUUAAUAACGUAACUGGUUUGAUUAAAUUAUUCGUUGAAUGGUUAUAUUUCAGAUUUUCUUGUAAAAAUGAAUAAAUUGUUGGUAAUUGGUAUCAGCGGAGUAACAUGUGGAGGAAAAACGACUUUGGCAAACGAAUUAAAUAAGAUUUUUCCGAAUAGUAAAGUAAUAAGUCAAGAUGAUUAUUUUUUGCCCAUUGAUGAUGAACGUCACGUGAUUAUCCCGCAUUUAAACCAUAUCAAUUUCGAUGUCUCUUCCAGUUUGGAUAUGAAAAAAAUGGUUGAAUCAAUUCAAGAAUCUAUAGCUUCUACAGAAAAUUUGGUAGAGACUAAUGUUAAGAUCAUCGAAGAUGAUUUAGUAACAAAAAUCAAUCCGUCUUUUGAUGUCCAAUCUUCGGUGGUGCAAGUGGCCAAAAAUUUACACAUCAAUAUCUUGAUUAUCGAAGGUUUUUGCAUUUUUGCUGAUAAAACAAUCGAGGAAUUAUGCAAUUUAAAAUACUUUGUUACUUUGGAUCGGGAGGAAUGUUACAAUAGAAGAAUUCAAAGGGUUUAUGAACCACCAGAUUGUCCUGGAUAUUUCGAGGAUUGCGCUUGGCCCGAAUAUGAAAAGCAUUACAAAUAUGUUUGUAAGAAUUUAAAGCAAAUUCGAUUUUUUAACGAGUCGACGAAAGAACCUUUAAAAGAAGUAUUAUUAGAUAUUUGGCAAUCUUUACAAAAUAUUUAUGAUAUCUUAUAAAGUUGUUUUUUUCAAUUUAUAAAAAGAAUACUUGUUUAUUUUAA